UCCCGACGAGCAAAGCAUCGUUCGGGAGCGCGCGUCGAGAACGUGCAUGCCCCACGUGACCCGCUUAGGGCCAACAGGGAGCAGAAGAUCUCUGGGCGCGAAGCGCGUUCUCGCAAGCAGUUGCUGCAGGCGGGAGAGGCGAGCGAGGAAGGAACGGGCUCAGAGCGCGUGCAGACUCGCUCCCCGAGAGGUCUCUGCCUGACGCGUCGCCAUGUCCGAGGAGAAACCUAAGGAAGGAGUAAAAACAGAAAAUGAUCAUAUCAAUUUAAAAGUUGCUGGUCAAGAUGGAUCGGUGGUCCAGUUUAAAAUAAAACGCCACACGCCACUAAGUAAACUAAUGAAAGCUUAUUGUGAGAGACAGGGUUUGUCAAUGAGACAGAUUAGAUUCAGAUUUGAUGGGCAACCAAUUAAUGAAACAGAUACACCUGCACAGUUGGAAAUGGAAGAUGAAGAUACUAUUGAUGUGUUUCAACAGCAAACUGGUGGCAUGUGCUAAAUGUCCUUUUCAUUUCAGAAGAGGAAUGCAAAAUGUCACCCACUUCAUCGUCUGUCCUUGGAUUUGCUAUUAAAUAGUAAACAAAUGAACAUGCCAAUCAUACAGGAAUCUUUUCAUGUUCUGAGGACACUUACCCAAAUCCUUUUCCUGUCCCUGAAUAUACUGCGUGUGCAAGUUGAAGCUGUAUCUGUGGAAAAUAACUUCAUAAAAAUGGGCCCAGUAAAAAAUUAAAUUUUCAAAUAAGUAAAUACUGGCUGUUGUCUACUGUCAUCCUGUUCUUCUCAAAUGGUGACCUAAAUACCAACCUACUGUAAAAUGAAGAUACUUAGGUCUGCCUUUAGUUGUUUUUGUUUUACUGCUUAAUUAUGAUAAUGUAAAUAUUGAAAUAGUUUUUCUUUGCAGUAGUAUUUUUUCUCAAAAGAUGUAUGGGAAAGAAGAGAAGAAUUUUAUCAAACACAAUUAUUACUCAAACUGUUAACAGGAUAUAUGGAAAGAGCAAUACUUGCAGAAUGCUGAUUAUAGUGGCAGUUAAAGGUAAUGCAAAUGUACAAUGCUUUUUCAUAAUAAAAUAGUAUAGAAUCAAUUUUUAAAGUAAUGGGAAGUCAUUGAGUUUGUCAGCAACUACACUAUUUGCGUACAUUAUAUUCCACAUUUACUAUAAAGUUCACAUAUCCAGGGUGGAGUACCAGAGUAUUUGAUAGUUUUUUAAAAAUAAUUGACCAGGAUAUUUUAAGAAGCUCUGCUGUGCAACUCUUGUUAAUUCAGUGGGACUUGUGCAGGAGGAAUUCUCAGCAGAUAAUUCUCUCAAAAAACAUUUCUCCAAUGAUUUAUUGGAAAAUAAAUGCUAUGUACCUUUUUUCUUACCAUCUUAAAAGCUGACCUUAUAGGCAUGUUGCUUCAUAGUCUAGUCUGAGAUUCAAAUAGCUGUGUAUUGUAUCCUGCCUACGCAUUAGGAUUUUAUGCUUCCCUUUCGUUGCAACCACUGCCUGGGAAACCCAGGGGAGCAGAAUGCAGUACAAGAGCAAUGUAGUCACACAGCGGCUGAAUUCAGUAUCUCAUUCCUGAAUAUUUGUGAAGUCUUCUGCUUAUGCAUAGGGCUCUUUAAAUUUCAGCCAUCAGUUCUUAAUUCUUUUAUUGUCUUCUGGUGAGUAAAUUAAAUCUUAUAUUUAAAAAUAAGGAAUUUCAGUAUUUGUGGUCAAGUUAAAUGCGCAAGCGUACCAUUGGGAAAAUACUGAAUGCAAAGGUCCUGUUUCCCAAAUACUUUACGUUUAAAGGAAUUUUAGCCACAUGUGAUUUGAAUGCAUCUAAAUUAAAACUAUUUUGUUGACUUUUUGUAAGCUUUUUCAUUGCUACUUGGGAAAGUAAAUUUCUGCCUUUUAUAUCUAUAUUUAACAUAGAGUAUUGGUUUGCAAGAAACCCCGUUGAGAAAACUGCCUAUCUUUAUCUACUCCUUACAAUUGUAAAUGGUCCAGGAAGGGUUUUUCCUUUAAAACUGUUCAUUGUUCAUUCAGUUGUACAAUACUUGUCCUUUAUUAUUGUAUACAGUAAACAUAAUUUGGUACUCUGUCUCGGCUUAUGUUUAAUGCUGCUGAAUUUCAUGUGACUGUAUUCAAAGCUGUUAUCACUGAAAUGCUGACAAUUUAUUCAUAUGUACAUCUUUAUUAAAAAUCUUUUAUUGAGAGUGGACCUAAUGUUUAGGGUAUAAAUGUAUCUUUAGCAUUGAAACACAAUUUUAAUAAUGGUCCAUCUUGAAGGUUCUAUAUUUGUUACUUUGUAGCAGAUGCUCAUCUGUUAUUUCCUUACUUGUCCUAAAACCUUGGUAUAAUCUUAGGUAUUUUAGAAAGAAAUGUGUGCUGUAAAAACAGAGAAACUCUUGAUAGUGAAUUAAAAGAGCAAGGCCAUAUUUUAUAUUCAGUUUUCCAGAAACAGUUGCCUAUUACACUGAACCUGUUCCUUACGUUCUUAAGUUUUAUAUGUCCAUGUCAGUCUUGCUGGCAUGUUUUCUAAAUAUAAUUCAUAUUUGAUGCCAAUAAUUUAUCUGUUCCAAAAUUUGCACUUGGAAGUGUCCUUGGGUGACUAGAUUGCAUAUAUCCAUGUUGUGUUUUGUAUUAAGUAAUCUAUUUGAUUCCAUCUGGUGAUGUCCAAAUAGAUUGAUUUUAUUAAUACCCCGCUUUUCUCCAGGAGCUCAAAGUGCCUUCACUGGAGCUAAUUCAUUUAACCCAACAGAGAAAGUGACUGGAUCAAAGUUAUUCCAUAGGUUUCCAUGGUUGAGGGUAGAUUCAAAUUUGGGUUUCCCCAUUAACCACUACACUAGUUCUUAAUUUAUGUUACUUGAAAUAGAUAUUAGCAAUUAAAGAAUUAUCUUUGCAAAACAAA